AUGGUUCAGAACUACCAUGAUGCUAUGGCCAUAUGUCGAUGGAUAGGUUAUUCAAAUCUAUUCAUCACAUUUACUUGCAAUCCUAAGUGGCCAGAAAUUGAACGGUACUUAGGUAAGCGUAAUUUGAAAGCUGAAGAUAGGCCCGACAUUGUUUGCCGAAUUUUUAAGAUGAAGUUGGAUGAUCUAAUAAAAGACCUUCGAACUGGAGAAUUGUUUGGUACAGUUAGAGCAGUCAUUUACACUAUUGAGUUCCAAAAGCGUGGUCUACCGCAUGCUCGCAUUCUACUCUUCUUAGCAAACAAUGAUCGCAAUGCGGGGUGCAAUUUUAUUGACAAAAUGAUCGCAGCAGAAAUACAAGAUAAAGAAGUUGAUGAAGAAUACUACAAAUGUGUUGAAGAAUUUAUGGUCCAUGGUUCUUGUGGAAAUGUAAGAAAGCAAUCUCCGUGUAUGGUGAAUGGAAGGUGUUCGAAGCAUUUCCCAAAGAAGUUUGUUGACUCAUUGACUUUUGAUGAAGAUGGUUACCCAAUAUAUAGACGGAGAGAUGAUGGUAGGUUUGUUAUGAAAAGUGGUAUUCAAUUGGACAAUAGAUUUGUUGUACCACACAAUAGGUAUUUGCUGCUUAAAUAUAUGGCUCAUAUGAAUGUGGAAUGGUGUAAUCAAUCAAGAUCAAUCAAAUAUUUAUUCAAAUAUGUUAAUAAAGGGAAUAACAUGGUCAUAACUGAGUUCUAUAAAAGUACCUCUGACAGUAAUGGGAAUGAAGUCAUCGAUGAGAUUAACAUGUACUACGACUGUAGGUACAUAUCAGCUUGUGAGGCUACUUGGCGUCUAUUUAGCUUUGAGGUACAAUUUAGAACUCCAGCGGUUGAGAGAUUGAGCUUUCACCUACCAGACUGCCAAACAAUAAUUUUUGAAGAUGACGACCCAGUUGACAACGUAUUGAUGAGGGAGACAAUUGGUCAAAGUAUGUUUAAUGGUUGGUUUGAAGCGAACAAAAGGCUCCCCGAGGCUAAGUUAUUGACUUGUAUUGAGAUGUCAACUAAAUUUGUUUGGAAAAAGGAUAUUCGAAAAUGGAGUCCAAGAAAGAAAAGUUUCGUCAUAGGUCGUAUUUUCUAUGUACCACCGGGUACGGGAGAGUUGUACUACUUGAGAUGCCUUCUAAACAUAGUUCGCGGGCCUACAAGUUUUGAGGAAAUUCAGUUUUUUAAUGGUAUACAAUAUACUUCAUUUAGAGAUGCAUGUUAUGCGCGUGGUCUAUUGGAUGAUGAUAAGGAGUAUAUUGAUGCCAUUAAAGAAGCAAGUGAUUGGUCAUCUGCUCAUUCUAUGAGAAAACUUUUUGUGACAUUGUUGACAUCAAAUUCAUUUAAUAGGCCUGAAAUUGUUUGGAAGGAGGUGUUGGAUUACCUGUCUAAAGAUGUGGAAUACAAUCAACGCAUAUUCUUAUCAAUUCCAGAUUUAGUUUUAACAAAUGAGGAGAAAGAGAAUUUAACUCUAAUAGAGUUAGAAAAAUUGUUGCAAGUAUACAACAAAUCAUCAAAAUACUUUCCUCCCAUGCCCACACCACGAGCUGCUUCUACAAGGCUAAAUGGAAAUCAUUUGUUGUUUGAAGAGCUGUCAUAUGAUCGUGCAGUACUUGCAGAUGACAACGAUAGGUUUGUUAGCCAACUCACUGAAGAGCAACGUGGUGUUUAUGAUACAAUAAUUGGAGACGUGUCAUCUAACAAAGGUGGAUUGUUUUUUGUUUAUGGUUAUGGAGGAACAGGGAAAACAUUCUUAUGGAAGACUCUAUCUGCCACAUUGCGAUCUCAAGGUGAAAUUGUUAUCAAUGUAGUUUCAAGUGGAAUUGCUUCACUAUUGUUGCCAGGUGGCAGGACGGCACACUCAAGGUUUGCUAUACCAAUUAACAUUAAUGAGGACUCCACCUGCAAUAUUAAACCCAGUAGCGACCUUGCUGAGUUGAUUUCAAAGUCAGUUAAUCAUUUGGGAUGA